AUGGUAUCUCCUCAGGCAACAUAUCUCCUCAGGCAACAUAUCUCCUCAGGCAACAUAUCCCCACAGGAAAAUGACGGAGAUCUCUGUGAUGAGUUUGAGUCAGCCUGUGGACAUCAUCUGACAGAACAGCAAGUCAACGAUGUUUUAAAGAAUUUUAAGAAAAAAGACAAGCAGUUAGCAGCAUCUCAGUUUAACACACCAGCUCAAUACGACCGAGCAUAUAAAUCAAGGUCUUAUCAAACAGGAGGAGGAAUUGGCCCAGGGCCUGCUGACAAGCAUAACCCUGACACCCAGGCUGAUGACCUGAAUUAUCUAAUUCCCGCUUCCACACCGUGGAAUAGAACUGAACAAUCCAGUGAUCAGGAGUAUACAAUUCAAGUGAUCCAGGAUAAAUUCAAUACAACAUUAGCUGCGAGGGCAGCUAAUUUAACAACUCCACCAGUUCAUAAAAAAGUAAUUCCAGCACCAGUUACACACACACACUCAUCAGUUCCUAAAACAAUAAUUCUAGCACCAGUCACUCACACACUCACAUCAAGCAUCACAAACACAAAUUCACUCUCAUUACACACCACAAAAGCACAUACACUUUCUUCACACACUGCUACACCUAGUCAUUCACCCCCUACACACACGUCACAGAUGCAUUCACUUCAGUCAAACAUUACAGCACUACCAGAUUCACACACUGGCACAAAUUCUCAAUCCAGCACUCCACUUCAAACAAGCUCUUUUACAUCUUCGACCAUCUCUACAUCUUCCACAACUCUUUAUGAAUCACGCAAAACUAGACUGCCCGAACCUGAACUUUCCUAUGGUAAAGUUAGCAAAAAGGAGAAGCCAUCUGACCCCGGUGCAGAUUACUUUUCAUUUAUGAAAAGUAGAAACUUUCUUGUCACUGAAGAGCAAAUAAAAACUGAAAAAAUGAGACAAAAAAGUGAACAACUUUGUGCACUUUACUACGAAACAAAGUUAAAACUUUUAAAUCCUGCACCUUGUAAAGUUGAGAAGAAUGGGAAAAAUGAAAACUCAGACAGGGGGGUUAAAACUAUUGUUUUGGGGGUUUAUUUCCUAAAUGGUAGGUUUGAGUGUUCCAUUUUAACAAAAUUCUUGAUUUUUGAUUUACUGGGCAUUUUUAAAAUCUAUACAACUGAUAAAAGGGGAACUAUUUAUACAUAGCUUGAAUUGUAAAUAUGUA